UUGUGAAUCGCUCGCUCGGGCCCAGGUUGGUUAGUAGUGCUCUCGCAGGCACGGUGAGUUGUUGUUCGCCGGGCCAAGAAGUGCGCAAUUUCGGCCAACUGCAUCGUGUAGUCGAGUUGUUCGCUGCGUGUGCCGAAUUUCAGACUCACUUGGUGCCGCGUCAGAUGCGCUAGUGCCCCCGUGCAGCUCGUCUUCCUGCGUUGGUGCUCGGGCCGUGUCCGCCGCAGCAACCAAAGCGUAAACCGAACUUGAAGGCAGUGGCGGCGGCCGUCCUAAAUCCUGGCAAACACCAAGCGGAGCAGAAAUUGUGGCCCGGGAUCACCGUUGGCGUCGCUCAAGACGAACAAAGCAACAUCUCUCUCACUAAUGCAGUAAUAUGCAUUCAUUUAUGCUAAUAGUAGGCACGCAGCAGCAGCCAGGUUGGUUGGCCCAUCUUUACAUAGAGAGACUUGCAACUAACUGUUUUAGCCGUUCCUGCACCAACUGGUUGAAAAAGGUCCCAUAGGAUGGGUGGCGAGUGUCGCGCCAGGAGCAGGGUGAUAUGGUGGCUCCUGGUGCUGUCAACCCUUUGGAGCGGGGUCAUGGCGCAGCUCGUGGCGCCGUGCCCCUUUAACUCGAUGUGCUCGUGCAAAUUCGGCGCCCCGUCCCUCUCCAUCCACUUCACAACGCCAAAAACCCUGGACAACAUCAAGGACAUCAGCUGCGUCGGUGUUCUUUUCGCCACUUUGCCAGAAGUGCCCAAUGGUCAGAUCGACCACAUGGACGUGGUGAAUUCUGGCCUCGAGGCAAUCGACGGCGAGAUUCUCGGAGGCGCGCAGAUUGAAUCAUUGCGCAUGAUGAGCAAUCAGAUUGUCUACGUCAAUGAACGCGCCUUCAGUUCUAUGGAGGACGCAAUCAGGUCGCUGGACCUCAGCUACAAUGAGCUGGACCAAGUGCCGUUCGAGGCUCUGCGUCCCGUUCGCUCUCUUGAUUGGAUCAACUUCGUUGGUAACCACAUAUCGACGCUGACUGAUCGAGACGAGAUCGGCGGUGGAAGCGGCGGCUGGUCGCUCUACAUCCAAGAGACGCUGACAAAUCUGCUGCUCGGCAAGAACGACAUUACGGAGCUGCCGAAAAACGCGCUCGCUAAGUUCCGCCAUCUCACCUGGCUCGACCUCGAGUAUAACAGGAUAUCAACUAUCCAUUCUGGCGCACUGCCGAAAAGCCUGCAGACGCUGAGCGCGUCGCACAAUUUAAUAACCCGUUUUCCCACUGCAGCCAUUGAUGAGCUCAACAAUCUCGGUUGGCUUUAUCUGCGAGGGAAUUACUUGGAGGAGUUGCCCGAGUACACGUUUAGGCACAAGAAACGAGUGGAUAAGCUAGACAUGGGCGAGAAUUUUCUCCGCUCUGUACCGCAGAAUUUGUUUAACGGCUCGAUGGUGGUUAGAGACCUGAAUCUAGAUUUCAACUAUUUAAAAACGCUGCCGGCACAAGCAUUUCGUGGUCUGAAUUCAGGUAGAAUUUUUCUCUCAAAAAAUCGGCUAGAGGAUAUGGAUGAUCGAACAUUUGUCGGGUUAAGCCAUACUUUGGAAUACUUAGACCUGGACCACAAUCUGCUGGACAAAGUGCCGAAAGCACUUGCUCAGCUAAAGAAAUUGAAGUAUUUAUAUCUCGCCUCAAACAAACUGAAAGAGGUGCCAGAGGACGCGUUUGACGGAUUCGCAGGCUCUUUGAAGGCAAUAUCCUUGUCGGGCAAUCAGCUCACUUCCAUCCCCAAGGAAGCGUUAAAGGGCUGCAAGAGGCUUGCUCACUUGAACCUAGGCUACAACCAGAUCGCAGAAAUCCUGGAUGAUGAUCUAGAAGGCUGGGGAGGAAGUUUGGAAACCUUAUUGUUGAUCAACAACAGAAUUACUAAUUUACAGGCCCACGCAUUCCAGCACUCUCCGCGUCUUAAGGAGCUCAGCCUUUCCUACAACCAGCUUACUGAUAUUGAUGACGACGCGUUUAUCGACCUUAGCAACACUCUGGCUAACCUGGAAAUUAGUUUCGGCCUUAACCGAGAAGACUUCCCAGAAGAGUUGUUGAAACCAUUGACGCAACUUAGUUGGCUCGCUUUAGACAACAAUAAUUUGCGGACUAUUUCGAGCUCGUGUUUGUACACAUUUGGUCACCUGCAGUACCUGAACCUGGAGGCGAACAAGUUCCGUUUUUUGCCUCCACAGCUUUUCCACUCCAACGUCCACAGACAGUUAAUCGAUGUUCGACUCUCCUACAAUCAUUUUGAAGAAAUAGAGUCCGGAACGUUUGCAUCCCUUCCCGCACUGCAAACGAUUGUUUUGACUGGAAACCGAAUCAGGACCAUCCGUUCUGGUGCUUUUUCUGAACUAAACUCGCUGGUCACCGUUGAGAUGUCUGACAAUCGCCUCUCCGUCAUUUCCCCCAAAGCCUUCUCAUCACUGCCCACUUUAGGAAGGUUGAAGCUGCAGCUCAAUGACCUCAAAGAGUUUUCGUUAGGGAGUCUGUACAAUGUUACCUCUCCCUACAAUUCUUUAGCGCUUAACUUAUCACACAAUCAAAUAACUGGCCUAUUUCCUGGUGAUUCUGGAGGCCAGGUGUAUCUGAGGGUGCUUGACUUGGCUCACAAUAGAGUUCCAGAGGUUCCCAUUAAUUUUCUGCAUGGAAUCACCGCAUCGCUUCGAAAGCUAUACUUGGGCUAUAACAAAAUUCUUCGCCUGGAUGAUUCAGCCUUUGGAAAGCUUGAUCAGCUGCAGGUUUUGUCCAUGCCUCACAACGGUAUCCAGGGGGUCCGCAGAAGCGCCUUCCAUGGUUUACCCUCAUUACAAAUUCUAGAACUAAACAACAAUCACAUUGAACAACUUCAAUCGGAGCAGUUCACUCGGCUGCCAGAAUUGCGAUCCCUCACUCUUGCUCAAAACCACAUCAGAUCUCUUCCGCGAGACGUGUUUGCAGGAACGAGGCUCGAACGUCUCGACCUUUCAAACAAUCAAUUCGUCGUGAUGCCAAGUAGUGCUUUGUCAGAAGUUGGAACCUCCUUAAGAUAUUUAGACAUUUCUCACAAUCAACUUGAGCAUCUUGAUGCAACCAUGUUUCCCAACACACCACAUCUGCUAGGCCUGAACCUUGCAGGAAACCGUCUCACCAUCCUUCCAGACAACGUCUUCACAGGCCUAGGAGGAGGACUCCUGAGGUUAGACCUGAGUAGUAACCCACUCCAAAGAGCCAACUUCAAAGAACUGUUCCACUACGUCCAAAGGUUACGCCAUCUGAACCUGGCUAAUGCAGGUCUUCGGCAAGCUCCUCACCUUCCUCUUCCAGAACUGAUUUCACUCAACUUAUCCUCAAACGGUAUUGACGAAGUUCCCCAAGGUACAAUGGAUAGUCUCGGCCGUUUGCAGCACCUUGACUUAACUAGUAAUAAGCUGAACAGUGUCCCUUCACACGCGUGGCACUCCUUGACAGUCCUUAAAACAUUGGACAUCACCAGAAACCCAAUCAGAAUCAUCACAAAAGAUAGCUUUCAAGGCCUGCACCGACUGCAGACACUCAUAAUCGACGACCUGCCAAAACUAGAACGCUUCGAUGCCGAUUCUCUAACCCGCUUAAGACUGCUCGCCUCCCUACGAAUCCAAACCUGGCCUCAAAUCGAAAGGUACCGAUUUCGCCUGGGAGGCGUGCUCUCCGGAGUAGCAGCCCUACAAAAACUCGCCGUGCGCGUUCUUGAGCCCGUCUUAAACGACCAACUUUUGGGCGCUUAUUCUCCGAAGUUGCAAGAAAUCGAGAUCACUGGCUCUAAUUUAAAGCAGAUAAGCCCAGAUGCCUUUGAAGGAGUGGAGGAAAAUUACGCAUUGGCGCUGCAGAUACGCGGCACUCAAGUAGAGGAGCUGCCGGCUGGCGUGUUCGCCGCGCUAGAACGUGUUCCCAUCCUUUCGCUGGAUCUGCGUGAUAAUAAAUUCACCACACUCAGCCCCUUUACCAUAUACAACAAUGGAUCUAACUGGGAGGUGGUCGGAACCAAACUCAUUUCAGAGGGUUUGAUCCUGAAAGGCAACCCCUGGACGUGCGAUUGCAGUCUAGUGUGGCUGGGCCACUGGCUGCGGCGCUGGUUGCGGGAGACGGUGCAGAUCCACACGGUGGCGCUGGACGGCGCGCAGCAAAUCCAGGCGAUGGCCCGCGAGGCGGUGUGCACAGAUCCCCGCACGGGCCAGCAGACGCCAAUGAUUGAUCUCUACCCUGAAGACCUGAAUUGCCACGCGAGUGCCCUCAGCAGAGCGGUGGGCGGCGCCGUCGGAGGCGGCGGAGGCGGCAUCCGGCACAGUGCUACGGGACUCGUGGCCACACUUGUGGCGGUCGGCGUCGUGCUCCUGGCCGCCGGAUGACCAACUUGAAACUCUAGCUUCAUAAUGACACUUUUCUCCAUGCGUUAGUCAAUUGCCACAGACUUAUGUAUCGCGGGAAUGAUGAUGAUGAUGAUGAUGAUUGUGUUCCUAACGUGCUGAAUUCAUUGAUUCGUUCGCAGAUUGGACGGUGCGGCCGCCGAUGGUUAAAGUGCAUAAUCGUUUCGAUUUAUCGUUAAAAAAGGAGUGUGAUAUGUAAUUUUAAUGAAAUGCAAAAUUAUUGUUACGGGGGAUACACACAAACACGUUAAUGUUAGAUUAUUGUAUUAAAAAGAUAGGUUUUCUAAAGUUUUUAUACUCGACGAUAGGGAAAUACGCAGAGCAAGAGAGUUGUUGCCGCGCGCAAAUAUUGGAUUCUUUUUUGCUGUGCGAAGAAAAAACGUUUUGUGUAAAUAAUUAGGUAACCAUGGUAAAUUCGGUGAUUGCCGUUGUCACGCAUCAAUCAGUUGAGUGGCCUGGGAGCAGUGCGUUUAAUGUGACUUAUUUUUAUUAUUCAUCCAGAUGAUAAGGUCACCUUUUUACCUCUACAAUAAAUCUGAUUUUUAAAUGGAGAAAAUGAUAUUAAAAGUCAAACUUUACUACAAAAGAGUUGUGUUGUUUAAAAAUAAAUUCAAUUCUCUAAAACCCGAUCGAAAAUCGCCCCAAAUAGCAACUCAAUCCUUCAAUUAAAUAAUUUAAAUAUCAGUUGCUAAAAUUUUAACGGUUGAAAUUUCUAGAAUCAUAUUCAAAUCAAGUUCCAGAAAUCAAUACAACUCUUUCAAAUUGGUGCUGGCCAUGAUACAAAAUGGUGUGAACUUCAUGUAUGCUCUCUCCCAGGCUGUCCCAAGUGUAUGUAGCGCCAUUACUGUGUAGUGUUCAAUUUGACUUUGAAGAGGGAUCAAGUUUCAAUUCCAGCCAGUUCUAGGUCAAACUUGUUUCUCUGCCCUUACUUCAAAUGUUUUAAUCAUUCACCGCAGAACCCCAGCGGUCAAUAAGCGAAUUAACGUCAAACUUUCCACAUGAUCCUGUCUCUCCAUUUCAACGGUUCGGAAUCAAUCAAUGAUUUACGAGCGGACCCCACCAAGCACGCUGGUAUCGGAAAUGUAGAGAAAUGAUCCUAAACUCAAGUGCCUUAUCUUUAACGGUGAUGAAUCUUUAUUACAUAGACUUGUAGCGCUGAUGACGGUGUAGAGUGAGAGUUGCGAAAAAGAGGGAAAAUCGAGAAGUUGAAAGCGAGCGAGCGAGCGUAAGAGGGUUGAUCAAAAGUGAGUGUCUGAUACUGCUGACGAGGGGUGCGCAGCGUGAAAAGGCGUAGAGAGUGAAUUGGAGCUUGUUUUUGCUCAAAGGAUCUUCACUAACUUCUUAUUCUCUUACUCAUGGAAAUUCUUGAUAUGCUCUGUCUCUGGAACAUUUAUUUACGACAGUCCUGUGUUGUCCGUUUAGAUAUAGCUGUAUCAUCGUUAUGACAAUUUACAAGCUGGAUUUUUAUUUUCUUCCCAGUCUAUAAUGUUACCGUUUCUCGGCGAAAAUUAUCUUCUGAAUGUUAGAUUCCACAGCGUUGCUUUCUCUUACUGUGCGCGACACUAUUUUUAUGAAAAGAGAUGUGAAUUUGAUUUCAGAAAUGUUUCAACCAAUGUUUCCUCUCAAGUCAUGUGUUUCAAUAAAAUGAUAAAAUCGCUGUCUUCUUUAAACUCACAUAAACUGUGCCAUAAGAUCUGUCUGAUAUAUAGUUGUAACCAAAAAGAGGAGUUGUUCCGCAGUUUCCGAAUAUACCUUCUUGUCUGGAGAGCGUAAAUGCGAAAUUGCAAUUCCGUGGCUAUCUUAAAAUAAUGGCGGCAAUCUCCGCUUCCCGGUGGUCAUUCGUGGGAAACUUAACUCUGUAAGUGACACGCAAGUACAUAUCACUUCGUAAAAAAAUGGUGUACCCGAGCCAAAUUUAUUUGUUUGAGUUGUUGAGAGGAAUAAUUCAAAUUGAUUUCACGCGAGGGAUUUGCAUGAAACUCUUGCCAGACGUUAUGAAAACCAGGGUUCAACAAUUUAUCGUAAAAUAUCAUUAUAAGUACUAUUGAUAUAUCAAAUGUUUUGUACAACUCCUACGUGUAAUUUAACUUUUAGUGUAAAAGAGAUUUAUUGAAAGAAUAAAAUUUUAAUAUAUAAAAAUGAAA